CUAAUCGAUGACACUGUCUACUGCCUGGUCAUUCAGUCCUAAGCGAUGACACUGUCUACUGCCUGGCCAUACCCAGCAAGAUCUUGUUAUCUCCACCUCUUUCUCUUUGAAGACUCUCGGCCCACGUCUAUUUUUGUAGCGUACGGCGGAGCAUCAUGCACUGGGACCAGGAUCGGCAAAUAGCCACCAUGCACCACUGCCAGCCCAUUAGCGACGAGGCAUGAUGUCCUGAUCAUGCCAGCCAUGCCUGUAUUAAGGUUCUCUCCACAUAUCAUGUCCGUUCCAAGCCUGGAAAUAUGCCGACGUUGCAGCUUGGACAACCUGUCGAUCGCUUCCACGCCACAGCCCUACAGAUCUCUCAACGGUCCGGUGCUGUCAACCCAUCGCCGUGGCGAGGCAAAUCCCUUAUCUGUCCGUGUUGACCUUCCCGAACAGGAACCCACGCCCCGGGCCGCCGUGGUAGUCUGGUGUGCAACGCCUCGCCAGGCAUGUUAUUCCCGACAGGCACUCGCGCACGGACGGGCACGCCAGGCACUCCUCUGCGGUUGUUUCUUGGGGGUUCAAUGUCUGGUUCGGACUGGGUUCGUUUUGUUUUCGACUUGUAUGUCACGUCCGGCCUGCCCCUGGCCUCGUGUUGUGUGUUAGCACUGCAACCAACAGAUUCAGAGAAGCUCUCCAUGCCAGCCACCAGUAUGCAUCGUGCGGACGAAAAGAGCGAAUAUUCUCGCCUCCACAGCCAAGACGAGAGCCGCGACUCUCGUGAUGAGCUCGUCGAUGACGACGUCGCCGAGACGCCACGCUCUCCUAUGCUGAGAACCCGUUGGCACCAGGCUGUUUUUGUCCUCUUGCUCUUGUCCUUAUCCGCCAACUUCAUCCUCACGGCCAUCGUCGCGUUCAAAACCAGAACCCCCGCGUGUCUCGUGGCAAUGCCGGGCGUCAAGAUUCCGUACACGCCCGCACCGGUGAAAUGGGCCAACAAGAAGCUGGACCCAGACCAUCGGUUCAUGGGGCAGCCCCGCCUCGAGAUGGACCAGGCGUGGCACGAGAUUCUCGAGGGGACGCUGAUUCGGUUCUCUGACGAGGAGCUCGCGCUCGCGAACCAUUCUACGUCGGUCAAAUUCGCAGACGGUCCGGGCUCGGUCGGCGGGCUGGGCGUGUCGCAUUCGCUGCACUGUCUGAAACGUAUGAAACAGUACCUGCACAAGGACUACUACUACGGGCAGGAGGAGCAGGACUGGGACGAGCUGUUCGCGCACGUCGACCACUGCCUCGAGUCGAUCCGGCAGUACAUUGUGUGCAAGGCCGACGUGAACGUUUUCACCCUCGUGUGGACCGCGCACAGCAGGACCAAGCCGUCCACGCACGUGCCGCAGCAGCACGCCUGUGUUGAUUGGGAGCCGCUGCAGGAGUGGAUGAUUGCGAGGGCGGCGCGGGGCGACCAGAUGGUCGGGCCGCCGGACAGUUUGUACGAGAACGGGGUCGUGGGCGAGCCCACUGUGGACUGAUUGUUGGCGUCUGGAUGAGGCGAUGGGCGUCUGGAUGAAGCGAUGUCCUGCAGUUUGUGGGAUGCUGAGCGGCUGCAAAGAGGGCCCAUUUGACAGGUAGGUAGGCAGGUAGGAGGCAGGUAGGUAGGCAGGUAGCUAGGUAGGUAGCAGAAAGUGCGAGGUAGGGGGUUCACCGAACACACGUCCAGCAUGGAGCCAGAUUUGUUCUUGCGUCAGCCCACUUCUGCCCGACGGCGUGGAGGUGUGCGUACCUAGUAUGUGUAGAAUUCGAAACAGAAAUUACAUUUGGC